GCCUCAAGAGCAUAUAAUGAAUAAAUACCACCGGCCUGAUCAACCCAACCCAGAAAAUAAAUGCCCCACACUCCCAUUACCCACACGUACUCAAGAUGCCCAUCAUCAAACAAUUAAUCGCCCUGCGACGAAAAGCCGGCUUGACAAGAGAAGAAUUCUUCGACUACCACUACCAAGUACAUGGGGCCCUAAGUAAAGGCCCUAGUCCAUCUGAAACACCCUUGAAAUACUUCCAAACCCACUUCCUCGACACCGCAUACCACGUCGACCCGUCUCGAAAGAUACCAAACACCCACCCAGCAUGGGCCUUCAAUGACGGUCUCACAGAGCUCUAUUUCUCCUCGGAGGAACACAUGAUGCAGAACUUUGCUUCCGAGUGGGUCAGUACGAAAGUAGGACCUGAUGGGGCGAACUUUUCGGAUUUUAGUGCUGUGAUGCCUAUGUUUGUUAGGGAGGAAGUGGUUCCGUUAACAGCUAUUGAGUCGGCGACUUCAACACGGGAGCGUUCUUUCGUUGGCAUGUACUUUGUCGCGUUAAGUGAUGUGCAGCAUUCCGGGGAGAAGAAUGGAGAGAUGAUCGAUAGGUUUACAUCUCUCCUCAAGCAGUAUGCCUCCACUGGAGUGCUAGAUUUGGUGGUUAAUGCUCCUACUGAGGUAGGCUUUGAUCUUAGUGCUUACUUUGGGGGUGGGCGGUCUAUUCCCAGUUAUUAUGUGUUCAUGAUUGUGCUACGGGGUAAGGAGUCGGUUAGUGCUGUGCGGAAGGUACAGGGGAUCUUUGAGGAUGAGUAUGUGGGGGUGUUGGAUCUCCCGGCGACCUGGAUUGGGUUUGGUGAGCGUGCUGUUGUGUUGGAUCAGAGUGAGGGAAUUGAGUUUGAUCUGAAAAGACAGCCGUAUAAGAUGGAAUGAGAAUUACGCUAUAAGUAAGGUGUGUAUCGUGCAGUAUGCUGCUCUGGAC